GACCAGGAAAUACCCUCCUCCCUAAUGCACUCUGAGCUGUGAUCUGAGAUGCCAGGGGUGCAGUGUUGUAGAGAAAGCUUCAACUUGUUUUUAACUUUCCAUUUUCAGGCUACACCCGGAGAGGCUGCCCUUAGUCCCUGCGAGCCAGAGCCAUUGUAUCGAGGCUUCUCUUCCUGUUGACUGCCAGAAACAAGCUUCCAUCUGGAGGUAGGAGAUGGCCUACUCCAGCUUACACCCAUCCAUCCCUCAGCCCAGAGGUCCCAGGGCUAAGAAGGCAGCCCUUGUUUUGCUGAGUAUCUGCCUGGUAGCCCUUUGGCACUUAGGUGAGCAGCCAAAACACAUUCUCUGGUGGCUGACGCUCCACCUGGCCUCCGUGCAGCUGGGAUUGUUGCUCAAGAGAGUGUGCCAUCUGACUGAGGAACUACGCCACAUCCACUCCAGGUACCAGAGCAGCUACUGGAAGGCUGUGCGGGCCUGCAUGGGCUGCCCCAUCCGCUGUGGGACUCUGCUGCUGCUGUCCUGCUAUUUCAUCGCCUUCCUUCCAAGUCCAGCUGACCUGCCCUUCACUUGGAUGCUUAUGCUCCUGAGCCUCUCAGAGGCCCUGAACAUCCUCUUGGACCUCCAGUGCCUGGCCCCAGCUGAGGUCUCUGCAGUCUGUGAACAAAGGAAGCUCAACGUGGCCCAUGGGCUGGCAUGGUCCUUUUACAUCGGAUACCUGAAGCUGAUUCUGCCAGAGCUUCCGGCCCGGAUCCGCAGUUAUAAUCAGCACCACAACAACACGCUACAGGGCACAGCAAGCCACCGGCUGUACAUUCUCAUCCCGUUGGACUGUGGGGUGCCUAACGACCUGAGUGUGGUUGACCCCAACAUUCGCUUCCUGCAUGAGCUGCCCCUGCAGAAAGCUGACCGAGCCGGCAUCAAGAGCCGGGUUUACACCAACAGCAUCUAUGAGCUUCUGGAGAACGGGAGACUGGUGGGCACCUGUGUUCUGGAGUAUGCCACCCCCUUGCAGACCCUGUUUGCCAUGUCCCAGGAUAGCCGAGCUGCCUUUAGCCGGGAGGAUCGGCUUGAGCAGGCCAAACUCUUCUGCCGGACACUUGAAGACAUCCUGGAAGAUGCCCCUGAGUAUCGGAAAAACUGUCGCCUCAUCGUCUAUCAGGAAUCUGCAGAGGGAAGCAGCUUCUCCCUGUCACAGGAGAUUCUCAGGCACCUGAAGCAGGAGGAAAAGGAGGAGGUUAUUGUGGAUAGUGCAAGAACCUCGGUGAUGCCUGACUCUUCCACGCUGUACCAAGAGCCCGAGCUCCUCAUCAGUAGCACAGAUCAGCCUCUCCCGCUCCGCACGGAUGUCUACUGAGGCCCAGGGUCAGCUCGUCUGAGCCCCCAGAAAUCCCCAAGACUCUCUGGAUUGGGGGCUUUCUUUAGGGGCUAGAUACUCAGCAAAGCCAUUUCCUCCCCCAGGGGCAUCUCAAAGAAGGUACAAGGACCUGACAUCUCAAGAUGAGUCCUAGGACCUUGGGCAAGAUGAGUCUCAGUGCCUUCAUCUAUGAAAUGGGGUCAUAAUUACUGCCCUGCCUACCUUGGCACCCUCUCUGUGGUGUCAAGGUCACUAUGAACUGUCUGCAUGUCUUGACCAAACUUGCCCAGGAACCCUGUGUCUCUCUAGGUCCCAUGAACUGCUUCCUCCCCCUGGCCCUUCAGACCCAGCAGAGGUAUGGCUCCCCACCAAGGGGCGUCCUGUCAUACUCACUGUCACCUUUGGUUCCCUUAUUCCUGCCUUUUCUAAAUGGUCUCCUUUUUAAACACUCCUCACAUUACACAUUUGAGUGUGCCACCUUUCUUUGGCUGAACUCUGACUGAUACAAGCUACUGGCAUUUAUCAUCUGCAGUGUCCAAACCAGCUUGCACAGACAUGCUUCUUCACACCCCUCCUCAUCCCAGUAUAGGGCAGUGGUGGGGGGGGUGGGUAUCAGUUCAGUGUGGACAGGCAAGCUGAGGGCAGAGGGUUGGGCAGUACCCUCCCCUCCACCUGCCCUUUCAGUGCCCUUGUCUCCAAUGGGGGACUUGGUGGGGAGCAGGAAGAGACCAGGGGCUGCCUGAGGGAGCAUACCAAUGCUGUGGGGGGCACAUGACCAUGCAUGGGUAAGGGGCUGCUCAUGCAGGGGGCACUGAGUAAACAUGCCCAGAUGAGAGAGCCCACAAAGGGACGGGGGAAGAGGGUUUGUGUGAAGAGGUGGGACAUACUCUGGGGGACAGCACAGCCAGCCACCUGCCAUGCCUUAUGGCAUAAGGAUGCUAUUGCUGUUAGAACUGAGCCACUGCAGUGACACUUUGGUGGCAAAAUUGCCCCCAUCUGGGAGAGGAGGCAGCCCAUUUCUACCAGUUCCAUUCAUUCCACCCAGCACUUGUUCCUUCCUUCCCUCCCACCUUUGUUUUUGACACAAAUGCUCAAUAUGCACAUCUGAGUACAGCAUGCUGUAGAGAAGGGCUCCACACACAGACACACAUUGGCCAGAGGGAACCAACUGCCCCUAAGGACGACACAGCCAAGAGAGUGAAGGGGAAAUAGUCCCUUCCUCUCCCCAGCUGUCCCAGCCAUUCUGUCUCCAGCCCUGAGGACCCUCCCACAUCACACCAGUCACUCCUAUAGCUAGAAGCCAGACCAGGAUCAAGGGCCUCCCCAACAUGACUGUCCCCACCCAUCUGGCCUGCAACAUGGUGCUCAGGCUGUGGAGUCUGGUGGCCCCAGGUUUGAACCCUUCUCUACCACUUAGUACACGUAUCCACCUGGGUGUCUUAAUAUUCCCAACUGUAAGAUGGGGAUAACAGUGGCUCCUCUUCCCAAAGGUGUUAUGAGGAGUGAACGGUACAAUAUCUGCAGGCCCAUGGAGGAAGCCAGUGCCCAACACAUAGCUGGCCUCCAGGAAGGGCAGCUAUUAACCUUAGAGCUGCCUCUCAUCAGCUCAAAGGUGGCAAGCUGGUCCUCUGCACACAUUAUAAUCCCCAUCUCUGUUCCUCUUUACCUUCUGUUAUUUCUCAGCUUCCCUGACUGCUGGGGUCUCACCGAGGGCAAUCCCCAGGGUUGACUUGUUAUUCCUUCAGUUAUUCCCCAGGGUAAAGCACGCAGAGGUGGCUCCAUAAAUGUCUGUCUGCAUGUUCUUAACUGCACAUAAAUGAAGCUCA